AUGGUUGUGGCUGGGAUCAUACCUAGGGAAAUCAGAAGUGAACCUCAUAAAGAGUCAAUGAAGAAGGAAAUACGCGAUGAGAUUUUUUCACCGCAAUCUCUUGAAGAUAAUACGUUCAGCAAUACAGUAUAUCUUCAACUUGAUGAAUUACCUAUCAAAGAAGAUAGUAGUAGAUCUCAAGAUGUAUCUGAACUGAGCCAUUCAACUCAUGAUAAUUCUAUUUAUUUUUUUUCUCAGGAGCUAUUAGAUUUGGUCAAGAGUGCAAAUGCUGGUAGAGCGUUACUGGCAACUUACUCACAAAGUGGACUACUUGAUAGUAUUGGCCGAAAGCGUCUAUGUAAUAUAAUAAUCAACAAAGAACUUCAAGAUGAUGUUAAUCGCAAAGUACCAUCAUCAAGAUUACAAGAUUUGGCAUACCAAAUAACGACAAUUUUUAAUAAUGAACAUACUGCCACAUAUUUCAUACCAUAUAUAUCUUAUGGGCCAGGACUUAAAAGAGCAGCGAAAGGGAAACUACUCGAUUGUCUUUAUAAUAAAAGAAGAGAUCACCAUAAAUCUGGAUUAAUCAGUCCAUCUAGAAACAGUACUUUAUCUUCAUCAGGACAUUCAUCUCCCAUUCUGUUACCAGAAUCAUUACGCUCAUUAGAUGACAAAACAGAAAAUAAUGAAGCAUUAAUUGAAGACAACUUGAAUUGGUUGCACAACUCAAACGAUCCGUGGAAUAUUGUUGAAAACAACUGGAUCAUUACUGCUAAUACUCGACUAAAGAAAUUUUAUUAA